AUGGCGAGCUCUGGCACCAGGGCCGUGGCGGCGGCGGCGCUGCUCUUCUCCUUCUCCGCCGUCGUCUUUCUCUUCCUCCUCCUCCAGGCACCGCCACCGGGCCUGGGCCUCACCGCCGACCUCCUGGCCUCCGCGCUGGACCGCUUCCUCGACGGGCGUGGCGGCCUGCUGGAGCUGGCGACGCGCAGGAACAUGAUCCUGCUCUGCCACGCCAUCCUCCUCCUCAUCCUCAGGGACGCCGGGGUCCUCGGCGCGCCUGCCAGCCGUCGCAGCCGCAGCCGGCCGGGCGAGGCAACCGCCGCUCCGGCUCGGCCCCGCGCCACCAGGAGUCCAGCAGCAGCACAGGGGGAAGAGGCCGCCGCCGUGGCCACCAAGCAGAUCGUCGUCGUGGAGUCGGCCAGGGAUGACGACGACGACCUGCUCGAUCGCCAUGAUCGCGAUGCUGUUGUCGAACCACUUGAGCAUCCCACGGCGAUCGCUGCCGACGACGCGAAGCGCAUGGACGACCAGACGGCGGGAAUGGAAAUGGAGAUGGAACUAGCGGACGACAGGACGUUCGAGGAGUUCAUCAAGAGCCAGAGGAGGAAGAUGCGGCAGGAGAGCCUCCAUUACCAGGCGAUAGCAACAUGUUACCAUUAA